CCUGGCGCUGGGGGCCAGGGCAGGAGGGAAGGGAGCGGCAGCGCGCGGACGAUGCUGUGCGGUGUCCCGGCAUUGCGGGCCGUCCCGGGUUUGUGGGCUGUCCCGGGAUUGCGGGAUGCCCCGGGUAUGCGGGAUGCCCAUGGCUUGCGGGGUGCCCGUAGAACUGCGAAAUGCCACAGGAUUGCAGUGCCGCGGGACUGUGGCUGUGCCGCUCUGGUUCUCAGCACUGCUAGGGCCGGAGUGCCUUUGCAGCUGUUUUGGGGGGCAGCCGCCUGGUCUCGCAUUCCCCCGGAGGCCGGGCUGGGGCUCACACCCCGCAGCUCCGCCGCGUCCUGGGCUGGCACUGCCCCGGCCGCUCCCUGCGAACCUGUCGCGGCCGCCCGGCCCCGCCCGCUGCCCUUCCUCGGGAGGAGGAGGAGGAGGAAGAGGAGGAGGAGGUAACAUCGGAGCAGGAACGGCGCUGGAAGGAGUGGGAGCGGGACAGCUCAGACGGGACUGGGGGUCCCAGCCGUGCCCCCCAGCAGGAACAGACUGUCCCCACAACCUGCCCCCUCUCCCCCAGCUGUUGGACUCGUCCCUCAUGCCGGGGAAGCUGAAGCUUAGCAGGCGGGAGGUGCUGGGGGAGAAGCAGUGGCAGAGCCUGGAGGAGAGGGGAAGUGCCCAGCUGAGGCAGCCCAAGAUCACCAGAUCCAGGACCUAUGAGCCCUCCUGCAAGGACACAGAGCAGGCGGCCACGGGCAGGCAGGGACCUCCAUCUCCCUCGCUGAGCAAGCAGGACAGCAGCUACCGCCGGGCCUUCGGGGAGCUUGCCGAGCAGGACGUGCUGCUGGGCUGCUUCUCGUGCGCCUGGCAGAGAGAGGUGCCCUACCACGGCCGCCUGUAUGUGUCCUCCCGCCACAUCUGCUUCCACUCCAACCUCCUGCUCAAGGACAUCAAGGCUGUGGUCCCUGUCGCCUCCAUCUCAGCCCUCAAAAAGACCAACACGGCGCUGCUGGUGCCCAACGCAGUCAGCAUCCGCACGGCCAGGGGGGAGAAGUUCCUCUUUGUGUCCCUGCGCCAGCGAGAGGCCACGUACCAGCUCCUGAGGUCGGUCUGCAAACAUCUGCAGGAAAGCAGCCAGAGCCUUAGAGACUCCGUGAGCAAUGAGGAAACCCUUAGGAAGUCUCAGGUCCUGAGCCAGUCAGACCUGGAGCAGAGAACUCCAGAGCCCAACAGCCUUCACAAAUCCCUGGAUAAGCCAAGCCCGAGAUCAAGGGGGACACCACACCGUGCUCUGGGCCUGGGCCACUGCACUUUGGUCCCAGAUAAACCCCCAGCUGAGUUCUCUAAACAUCAUCAUCAUCAUCUACCUGCUGCUCAUGGUGGCCUUGCUGCUGUCCUCGGGGUACAUCGGUCUGCGCAUCGCGGAGCUGGAGCAGCAGCUGGCGUUCGCGGGGGCUUGGCCAGACCUCAACCUGUCACAGCAGUACAAGACAACGUGAGGACACUGAGGACCACCACCAGAGCUCCAGUUGGGGGGUCAGGGAGUUCAGAGGCUGCUCUGAGCCCUUCCUGGGCCUCUCAGGGGGCCUCUGUCAUCAAGUGCCUUCCAGCCCCCCACGGUGGAAGCCCGCAUGGGCUGUGAGGCUCCAUCUCGCUCCCCUGUCUGCCCACCUUGAGCGGCAGCAGAAGAGACCCAGGGAACCCUUGGCAGGGCACAGAGCAGGGAAAGGGGGCUGGAGUCAGCACCAACCCCCACCCAGCCCUCCCUGCCAAGGGGGGGCAGGCAGAGG